AUGGCGCCCCGAAAUACCCACCAAGCCAUGGAGCAGGUGGCAUACAAACACGAGCUUCCACAACAUCUCAGCAUGAUGAGCAUUCUGGGAAUGUCAUUUGCCAUCAUGGCCGUCCCCUUCGGUCUGUCCACGACUAUGUACAUCACGCUCACAACCGGCCAGUCUGUCAGCGUUCUCUGGGGAUGGGUCAUUGUGUCUAUCAUAUCGCUUUGUAUCGCCGCUUCUCUUGCGGAAAUAUGCGCCGUGUAUCCUACAGCUGGUGGAACCUACCAUUGGUCAUUUCUUCUCUGCACACCAAAAUACGCGCCGGCUGUGAGUUUCAUCGAUGGGUGGCUAGGUUUGGUUGGGAACUGGACGGUCUGCUUAUCCAUCACGUUUGCGGGUGCCCAGUUGGUCCUCAGCGCCAUCUCGAUUUUCAACGAGGACUUUGUUCCUAACCAAUGGCAAACCGUUCUUUGCUUCUGGGCAGUAAUGCUGGUUUCUGCGCUUGUCAACAUUUUCGGAUCUCGCUACCUUGAUUUGAUCAACAAAAUCUGUAUAUACUGGACGGCUUUGAGCGUUGUCAUCUUGAUGGUAACUCUCCUGGCCACCGCCGACGAGAAGCGUUCGGCUAGCUUUGUAUUCACUCAUUAUGAUGCAUCUGCCAGCGGCUGGCCCUCUGGAUGGGCCUUUUUUGUUGGAUUACUCCAGCCUGCGUAUACUUUGACCGGGUACGGAAUGGUGCCAUCGAUGUGCGACGAAGUUCAAAAUCCCGAACGCGAGGUCCCCAAAGCCAUCGUUCUCUCUGUGUUUGCUGCGGGUAUCACAGGUCUCCUCUAUCUCGUGCCGCUGCUAUUUGUCAUGCCGGAUAUCGAGAUGCUGCUGAACGUCGCGAACGGGCAGCCUAUCGGCCUUUUGUUCACAACUGUAACUCGCUCCAAAGCCGGAGGUUUCUGUCUCCUUUUCCUCAUCUUGGGAAUCCUCCUUUUCGCCGGCAUUGGGUCAUUGACGGCCGCUUCACGCUGUACCUACGCUUUUGCUCGCGACGGUGCUAUCCCGGGGUCUCAGAUAUGGAGCCGAGUUCAUAAGAAACUCGAGGUUCCCUUGAACUCUAUUCUGCUUUCCUCGGCCGUCAUCUGCUUGCUCGGGUGCAUUUAUUUUGGCAGUCUGUCCGCUUUCAAUAGCUUCACAGGUGUUGCCACCAUUUGCCUGUCUACCUCCUACUGCGUUCCAAUUAUAGUGAGCAUGGCAAGAGGAAGGGUAGCGGUCAAGGAUUCACUAUUUCCUUUGAAGGGAGCCGGUUAUAUGAUCAAUGGAGUUUCGGCAGUUUGGAUCUUCUUUGCGGUGGUUAUUUUCAGUAUGCCGGUAUCGUUGCCCGUUGAUGCCGAAACCAUGAACUAUGCCUCGGUGGUUUUUGCAGGUUUUGCCGCCAUCAGUGCCGUCUGGUAUGCGGUUCAUGGACGGAAGAACUUCACAGGGCCUUCUUUUGGUGACGAAACGUCGGAUGGGGUGACCCCGGAUAUGGGUACGGAGAUCAGCGGAAAGAAGGACAGUAUCUAG